UUCCGGUGUGAGGACUGACAUUGUUUCCUCAAGGUGGGACUGGGGAAGCCGGCGAUUCUGGUCGGUGCGGGUGUGCGUGAGUUCCGGUUCCGGCGGGCGGUUGAGAGGUCAGGGGGGUCAGCAGUUCCGGUUCCGGCUAUGGCCUAUGAGGAGGGUGACAGCCGGAGCUGCGCUGUCCGCGGCUGCACCAACACCCAGAGCGUCCUGAGCCAGUGGAGGGAGGCGACCUGCGAGCAGCACCGGCCGCAGCUUCACCGCGAGUGCCCGUGCCUCGAGCCUUUCUGCUUCUAUAGCUUCCCGAGCGGCACCGACGAGCGAGGCCGGUGGGUUCAGGCCCUGCGGGGCCGUGGCCUGAGGUUGGUGUCCGGCCCUGACCCCGGGCCCGAGGCCGCCGUCUGCUCCCUGCAUCUAGAGGAAGGGACGCUGCUACUGGGCCUGGGCCUCCGCAAGAAGCCGCGGGCAGAAGUACUGCCGCCCGAGUCUCCGACCUGGGACGAGGCGGCCGAAGACCGGCGGGUCCGGGAGACCCGGGCGUCUAGGGCCCGCAAGAAGCAGCAACAGAGGCACGACGGCCCGAAGCCCUGGCUACCGCCACCGCCUCCUACUGCCAGCGGCUCCUGGGAGCAGGCGGCUGUCCAAGCCAUCAUGCGGCUCCGCUGCAGCUCCAGCCAGAGGGUGGCCCGGACCCUCAUCGCCUGCCUCAAGGGAGAGAACGACCACCUCCGGCAGAGGAGCCGCCAGCUCGAGGCCGCCCUGGAGGCCACGUCCAGGCAACUGGAGCGGCUGCAGCGGGAAUGCCGCUGUCGGGAGAGGCCGGGGGCUGAGCCGGGGCCGCCGCUGGAGAGCGCCGAGCCGCUGGAGGCUGUGCCGGGCAACGAGGUGACAGUCGGCUGAGAAGGCAGCACGGUGUCAACCCAAGGUGUGAAUGAGGGAUUUGAAUCUUGGCUAAUUGAUGGUGGCAGAAUUUCAGCAAUGGAUUUUUGGUCAUCUGCAAGCAGGUGCAGAAUGUGAAGUCUUUCUUUACACUUGAAUAGUUCCUGCGGACAUGAAUGGAACAUGCAAAGCCCAGCAGGACAGUUGGAUCCUGCUCCUCCACGCUGUCAUUAACAGUUUCCUCCAGCUGUUGGCUUCCACGCUACUGCUGGCCUUUCACCUCUGUACAAGUGCAUGACUUUAACCAGGAAAUCUGAACAGGGUUGUCUCCAGUUGAAAGCUGUAAGAUGAUUGUGGAGAACAGCAGAAUCAUAAGGGAUGACAAUUCCCUCAUGCAGCUGAAUCCUACAGUGUUGCACGAGUGGACUGGUAAUGUACACUGCUUCUUUUAGCUCUGUACCUGUCAGUUUUUGUUGGACUAGAGGUGGUCUUCAGUGUUGGCACUGGGUUGAUUUAACAUUGCUACCAAAGUGCUUGCGUUGUGCAAUAUGCAUAAUUUUCCCUUGAUUAAUUCCCUUGGCAAGUAUUUCUAAGUUUACAGCUCAAUGUUCCUUUGGGAAUUCCAGUCACAACUAGCAAAAAAAAAUCUAGUAGCUCCGAAAUAACUGACACUGCCUGGUCGUUUUUUUUUUUAAAAAAAACGCAAAAUGAUUCGCCCAUAUGCUCAAGGGAAAGGGAACCUGCUGUUCUACAGGGUCUGGCCUUUGAUAUUUGCGCUAUUUGAAAUGGCCUAACAAUCAUCGAGGCAACCCACUGAUCUGUGCAAAUAGGGAUGGGCAGUAAGUGUGGCCUUGCCAGUGUCACCCUCAUCCCAAACCAAAGCAUGGAAGAGCAGACUGUGUAGUUCUUUUGUAUUAUUCAUGGUUAAAAUUCCACCAUCUCAGUGACAACACUGAAACACUUAGUAUGUUUAUGGCAUCGUGCAUUGAGAAUUUAAUCACAAUAUAAUCAAUGUAAUACACGUUUUAAGUCUUAGCCUGGCAGCAGUUCAAGAUUUAAAGAUUCGAGUUGUACUGUUUCAGAUCUUUACAAACUUCAAUACUACUAAAAUUAGUAGAAGCAGCACGCUGUCUCGUGUACUGUGGGACCUAGCUGCAAAGGUGUCCUUGUUUACUGUUGGUUAACGGCGAGUGUUAUUAUAUUAGGAUAUGCAUUCAGAUUAUUCCAAUUUGUGUGUAUAUAUUGAAUUAUACUUCAAUCUUACUGAAUUGUAAAGCAAGCCACAGCAGACUUAAAAUGUUUUGGGUGAAAACUUUGACCCCAUUAACAUUUACAAAAUGUUUGUUCAGUUAACUUCUUUGUCUAAAGACUGUACAGUUUAAAAUUUGGUUCGGAUUUAUGUAAAAUUCUGUUCAGAUAAAUAUUUUUUUAAAAGCAUCUGUAUUAAUGUGACACUUCAUUAAAAACUUGUGCUGCAAUAUGUCUUCACUUCAUCUCUCCUGCACAGUGCAUCUGACAUCACGUGCUUUGCAUGCGUCUUCCCUCAGGUUAAUGGGUUAGGUUCUGAAUUUCUCCAGCAAGAACUUUACAAAGCAAGAAAAAGUUUGGACACUUUUAGUUCCAGGAGACUGUUGUUCCAGUUAUUGCCCAGAGUGAAGCAUGUUGCACAAGAGCAACAUUUGGGAUGUAAUCAAUCACAAAAGAUUUGGGAGCACGUGCCUCCACCUUUUUGGUUAUUUUUCUUCAUCACUGCUGCUAUCAGAUCCUGCAGUUAAGCUACCCCUGAUCAACUUUUUUAAAAACUUGAUGUGGUUGGAAAGAUUAGUGCCAAAGCAGGGGCACUGAUUUUUGAAAGGCUGAUUUACUCAAUCACAAACUUUAUUGUUGUUUCCCCUUACUCGGAGUGUUCAGGAUAUCUCAUUACAUCUAGAAUCUUACAGCAUUAACUUGGAGAAUUUGCCUUUCUUGCAGAUAGGAAAGAUAUUUGUCCCUUAACUUUCCUCUAGUAUUCUUUGGUCUAUGAGUAUAGCUGCUUAGCCCAGACAGUGUGUAAACCACAUUCUCGUGUGCCUCUUCCAAUAUGGGUCAUUAUAACUCGUCAGUGGGUAAUAUGUACAAGUGAGAAUCAAAUCAAGAUUAUUCAGUCAAUGAAUAGGUGCCUCUAGAUCAAAGUUUCAUCUCUAAAGCAUAGCUACAGGCAACCAAGGGAUAAUCAUAAGCAUUAAUUUUUGAAUGCAGUCAAUUCAAGUGACUAACCAUCAGCAUGUGAAAGAUUUUUCAAAUAAAUGUUAAAAAUGUCA